CAUACAUUAUCAGCAUCACAUUUUAAUACAAUUUUUACUCUUAUCGUAUUAGUGUUGUUGAUAAUAUUUUAAGUUAUGGAGAUAGGAAAGUUUUUGCUGGUUGCUCUUUCAUUGGCACUUGUUGCUGGUGUGGCGAAGAGCGUUGAGUUCAGUGAGGACUUGGAAAGCGAUGAAAGCUUGUGGGAUUUGUACGAGAGGUGGAGGAGCCAUCACACAAUUUCCAGAGAUUUAAGCGAGAAACAGACUCGUUUCAACGUGUUCAAGUCUAAUGUGAAGCAUAUCCAUAAGGUGAACAAGAUGGACAAGCCUUACAAGCUGCAGCUCAACAAGUUUGCUGAUAUGACUAGCCAUGAGUUCAGAAACACUUAUGGAUCUAAAGUGAAGCAUUACAGGAGUCUCCAGGGAGGCCGCAGAAACACAGAGUUCAUGCAUGAGAAUACUGAGAAUCUGCCGCCUACUGUUGAUUGGAGGAAGAAAGGAGUUGUCACGCCUGUGAAGAACCAAGGCAAUUGCGGUAGCUGUUGGGCUUUUUCAACUAUUGCAGCAGUGGAGGGAAUCAACAAAAUCAAGACAAACAAAUUAGUGUCAUUAUCUGAGCAAGAGCUUGUUGAUUGUGAGCCUGACAACCAUGGCUGCAGCGGCGGGUUUAUGGAUAAUGCAUUCGAGUUCAUUAAAGAAAAUGGCGGAAUCACAGCUGAAAAACUGUACCCUUACAAAGCGAAAGAUGCCAAGUGUGAUGCAUCUAAGAUGAAUGCUCCUGUAGUUGUGAUUGAUGGGCAUGAAAAUGUCCCUGAAAAUAACGAGGAGGCUUUGAUGAAAGCCGUUGCAAACCAGCCUGUAUCGGUUGCUAUUGAUGCUGGUGGUUCAGAUUUUCAAUUCUACAAGGAGGGCGUGUUCACCGGGGACUGUGGCACAGAGCUAGAUCAUGGGGUGGCUAUUGUAGGCUAUGGAACAACACUUGAUGGAACAAAAUACUGGACAGUCAAGAAUUCCUGGGGGCCUGAAUGGGGAGAACAAGGCUACAUCAGAAUGCAACGCGGCGUGGACGCGGAGGAAGGGAUUUGUGGUAUAGCCAUGGAAGCCUCUUAUCCUGUCAAAUUAACCGCUGAUAACCCUGUAAAAGCCCCUCUAAAGGAUGAGCUUUGAAAUACAUGAUGGUUGAAACACUUGAGGAUCGGAGGCGACCAUGUCCAGAAAUCUGUUGUUUACAGGGAACAAUAAAUAUUAAGAAUAUUGGAGGGAUCUUGACCAUAUUCCUUUCUAGUUCAACAUAAAGUUUGUGUGCUGAAGCAUCCUUGUUACCAGUGUUUGUUGCAAGUACAUGAAUGUGAAAAAUAUGUGCCAUGUUUCUUUUGCAGUUAA